AUGAGCGGGACAAACCAAGAAGCCAUUCUUGGUCAGAUCUUGACAGGCAUCUCGGAUCUUCGUCGUGAAGUGUAUCGCCUUAGCGAUCGUCUUGAUAAUGUUGAGCGGACUGAGCCCAAUACGCCGACCGCCGCCAAUUUCUCUCCUAUCUUCUCGCCGGCGCGUCGUCAGAGCUUCGGCGUGUACCAGUCGUCACUUGACCAUUGGACACCCGAGCGUUCCCGUCCGCAUGCCAAGUCGGGUCUUUCUGUCACACAGGAAGAAUCACAGGUUGAGCCUACCGACCCGUCCCUGAAUCUCUGGACGGUUGUGCCUGCCGGCGGUGCUGGCACGCGCUUGUGGCCUUUGAGUCGUGAAAACUGCCCCAAGUUUUUGCUCGACCUGACGGGCGCAGGUCGCAGCCUAAUUCAAAACACCUGGGACCGUCUGCUGCCGCUCUCUGGUGUUGAAAAGUUUAUGGUGGUAACGGGACAAGCCCAUGUGGGUGCCGUGUCAGAACAGCUUCCGCUAGUCCCUAGCGCCAACCUUUUUGCCGAGCCAUCACCUCGUGAAUCGAUGGCUGCCAUUGGCCUGGCUGCUGCGGUGCUUGCGCUCCGUGACCCCACGGCCGUUCUUGGCUCAUUUGCUGCCGACCACAUCAUUUCGGGUCGUGAAGCGUUUGAAUCGUCUGUGCGUGAGGCUGUGAUGGCCGCUCGUGAUGGCUACCUUGUUACGAUUGGUAUUGCACCAUCGCAUCCCUCGACGGGCUUUGGUUACAUCAAGCUAGGCGGCAAACUCGACAUCGCUGAUGCUCCUAAUGUGCAGCGCGUCGAAGAGUUCAAGGAGAAACCUGACGCUCGUACGGCAAGUGCAUACUUAAGCACUGGUGAGUACCGCUGGAAUGGCGGUAUGUUUGUGGUAAAGGCUCAGGUGCUGGUGGAUAUGAUGGCUGUGUAUGUGCCUGAGCUGCACGAUGGUCUGCAGAAGAUCGCCAAGGCCUGGGACACGCCCGAGCGCCAGACUGUACUUAACGAGGUAUGGCCUGGCCUCCCCAAGAUUGCUAUCGACCAUGCUGUGGCCGAACCAGCGUCCAAGACUGGUCAGGUGGCCGUCGUGCCUGCUACGUUCGGUUGGGAUGAUGUGGGUGACUUUGCUUCGCUCACUGAUCUCUUGCCUGCUGAAAAGAAUCAGGCUCGUGUGCUCGGUGACCCAAGUCUUGUCGUCACGGAAGGCCAAGUGGGUGGUAUCGUGGUACCUGCGAGCGGCCGAAAAAUUGCCUGCCUGGGUAUGGACGACGUGGUGGUCGUCGACACGCCAGACGCACUGCUGGUCACCACGCGUGCACGCAGCCAAGAUGUGAAGAAGAUCGUGGCAAAGUGCAAGAAGAACUUCCCCGAGCUUUGUUAA